GCUGAGAGUUCACUCAGAACGGUUCGGUUCGACUGAGAGCUCCCUGAGAAUUGCAACACGGGCUAACUAGUGAUCGCGAUAUAAAACCUUGCACCGACCGAGGUUGAUCGAUCGAGUGUGUAUAAUUUUUUGUUUAAAAACCAGCUGUUUGUGGAGGGCAAAAUAAAGCACUGAAAGGGGGUAUUUUUUUUGGUUAAUUAUUUGACAAUUUUUUACGAGCUUGUUUCCUUCGUUAAUUAAGUGCAAAUCACUCUGACUUAACAGACCGGUUGAUGGGUUUUCGUGGUUUUGACGAGGUUCAGUGAGCCUUUGGAGAACUUAGCCGGAAGCAAAUGUCCAUUUGUGAGUUUGUGUGUCAAUUAAAAGUAAUUCGAUCUAAAAUUUGUUAAGUGCUUGAAGUGCAAGUUCUAGUGAAUCAAGUUGGGCUGAAUGUUUCGUGUUUCGUAACAUCAAGAAAUGACCCGGACGUCCAGUAACCAAGUGAUCUAACUGUACACAAGAUUGGAAAACCCCCUGGAAAGUUUCUCGGUAUCGAAGAAAAUUGUUCUCAAAGAUCUAUAUCAUUGUUUAUGGAUCAAUCAAUCACUCGAUCAGCCAUAAGAAACAGUUACUAAGUUGUGAUUAUUAGUCAGUGCCAACACAAAAGAAAACCCAUUACAAUGGACGGAAUAGUGAAUAGAUCGUUUAACGCCGAAGGUGAUCCAGAGGCUGCAAAACAGUCGAACGGAACAGGACCUCCUCAACAUGCCACAGAUCCCUCCGACUCAAACAACAACAACAAUAAUAACAACACCACAGUCAGCACAACAACCGCCUCAAGUGGGAAAGAACGGGAGAAAUGGGACAACGGAGUCGAAUUUCUACUGUCCUGCAUUGCCAUGUCCGUCGGGCUCGGCAAUGUUUGGAAAUUCCCGUCAACUGCUUUCCGGAAUGGUGGAGGAGCGUUCGUGAUUCCGUACCUGAUCGUGCUGCUCCUUGUAGGAAGGCCUGUUUACUACCUGGAAAUGGUCAUGGGCCAGUUUUCAAGCCGAGGAAGUGUCAAGGUGUACGAUGUCUCGCCGAUAAUGAGAGGCAUCGGUGUAGGACAGAUGAUUGCCAUGACCAUUGUGAUAUCGUACUAUGCGGCCACGAUCGCCCUGGCGAUCAGAUACUUUUUCGCCUCCUUUAGCUCCGAAUUACCUUGGGCCAGUUGUGACCCUUCUUGGACGGAUGUCAAUUGCGUUGCUUCCGGAAGCAUGGAGGCGCGCCCAAUUUUCAACGGAAGUGAUCUACCGAUUCGAACAUCGGCUGAGUUGUACUAUAAAAGGACGGUAACGGGCGAAGAUUUUCUUGCCGGUGGAAAUGACAUUGGACUGCCCGAUUGGAGGUUGGGACUGUGUCUGCUUUUCAUCUGGGUGUGCAUCACAGUGAUGCUGAUCAAAGGAAUCAAGGGAUCCGGAAAGGUUGCCUAUUUUCUGGCGAUUUUCCCGUAUGUGGUGAUGAUCUCGAUGGCCAUCUACUGCUUCAUGUUGGAUGGAGCCAUGAAUGGACUGCUGUACUUCAUUAAACCGGACUGGAACCAACUGAUCAAUCCUAACGUGUGGAAGGAAGCCGUUUCUCAGUGUUUCUUUUCGUUGUCCAUCUGUUUCGGUGGCGUCAUAGCGUACUCAUCUUUCAACAACUUUUCCAACAACAUUUACCGGGACGCGAUGAUCAUAUCCUGGCUGGAUACUUUUACUUCGCUGCUAUCCGGGGCGAUUGUAUUUGCCAUCAUCGGCCAUCUGGGAGUAGUAACCGGUGAAACGGACUACAGCAAAGUGGUUCAACCUGGAAGUGGAUUGACCUUCAUCACCUACCCGGACGCCCUGGCCAAGUUUGAACACGUACCGAACCUGUUCUCGGUGAUGUUCUUUUUCAUGCUGUUUGUGCUAGGAAUUGGCAGCAACACCGGAAUCAUUACCAGCGUUAUCACGGUGAUUAGAGAUCGGUUCCCUUCACUCAAGAACUGGAAAGUCGUUCUGACUAUAAGCAUUCUCGGAUUCUCGUCCGGGCUACUUUUUGUUACACCGGCCAGUUCCCGGUUAAUUGACUACGUCGACCACUACGGGGUGACGUUCGUGACGUUGACGCUGGGAGUUGCUGAGCUGGUUUGUUUUGCCUGGAUCUACGGCGUCAAGCGCAUCUGUAAGGAUAUCGAGUUCAUGUUGGGCAUCAAGACCGGAUUCCUGUGGACGCUCUGCUGGAAGUACAUUACCCCACUGAUGAUCCUGUCGAUUCUGCUGGUGACGCUGUCCAGUGGUUCCAAACCGGGGAAAUUUACCGAUGACGUUCAUGCUUUUGGUUGGCUGCUGUACAUCGUCGGAGUGGCUCCACUGCUGGUCUGGGCCGUUUGGGCCGUGUCGGAGCAACCGGAGGGAAGCCUCUGGAAACGGAUAGUAUCUGCAAGCCGUCCUUUGGCCGAUUGGGGACCGGAAAACUUGGUGCUACGAAAGAAAUACGACGAUUUUAUGGAAGACUACUGGCGCACCCCCAGCCGCCGAAAUGGCUUCCAAAAGUUCCUAUUCGGACGGGAAAAGGUUUACUCGGUGAAUCUGUAGGGCGGCAUCGAUGGAUUCUCUCUGAACAGCUCAACCAGUUCAGCAUACUUUCAAUAGGAUUUUAACUAGGAUUGAUAUUUUUUUUGAAUAUUUUUAUGUAAUUGACGAAUUUUAAGGUUAAGCUAGACUAUUUACAUUUUGAACAACGAACCGACAAUCGUCGUGUGAGUCAGUAUUAUCAGGUUAUUUACAAAUCGGACGCUAAGCGUUACAUCGACUAUUUGAUUGUGAGAAUCAGAAGUUCGUCGUCUUUUGGACGGGAAAGUCUCAAAGCUGUUGCGUGAUCUAGCCCAUAUAGGAGAUAAGGAAAUCGGUGGGUAAUUUUCCCAGAACUUUAGCCGUUCAAAAGGGGUAGAUCCCCACCCACUGUCACUCGAGCUGAAAAGCACUCAACAGGGGGUUGCAUUGCAGUUCCGAAAUCAUCAGCAUCAUCAUCAUCAUAAUGGUCAUCAGCUAACGUAAGUCCGCGAUAGAAUCGGAAUGAAUAGUGCACGUGAAAUCGCAUCAGCGGAGAUUUGUAGGGGAUGCAAUUUUCGCUGGGCCAUCGUAGGUAAGGCCUAAUUAGUAUGCAAAGUAUUUUCGACAUCUGCCUAUUCUCAAGAGCGUAGCACGGAAAGUGAGGUUAAGUUAUCAUUGUUCAUCAACCAGAACGAACGAGCGAUGAACAUUCGUCUACAAUUCCGUCCAAUACAGAAAUAAACGUUUUUGAAAGCUGAAAAAAAUGCUGGAAUUUUUA